UCAACGAAGAAUGUCUGCCCCACGUGAUCCAAAUGUUUGUCAUAAGUACGUCAUAACAUAAUGAAGAUGUGACAAAGUGAAACAAAAAACAGUUGGAAUUCAUUAAAAUCACCAAAUUCACUUAAACUCCCCCCAUUUGUGGACCAAUUUCCCCAAAAAUCUCACCCCACCGUUCCUGAACGAACGACCUAGUAAUAUCCGUGGGCUAACCCCCUCAAAAGUGUCGCCAAAUCACCUGAAAGAACGAUGGCAACGUCCGAUAGCGACGACUUCGAGAGUGCCGACGAGGAGAUAGAAUUUCGGGAAAAUUCGAGGUCAUCGAGACCCCAGAGAAGCCCACAACGUUUCAACUCAGUGGUGGACUCUGACAGUGACGAUGACCAGUGUGAUUCAGGCUCCGAGAAGAAAUCCUGGACGUCCAGCAUCCCCACAGGCCAAUACGAAGCAGAAACAGCUGUUAAAGUGGAGAAAAAUUUGUCUGAAGAGCUGAGAGAGUCAGAGAGGUCCAACAGCACCAAAAAACCAGCAGAAAAAGGCCAGACUCCAUCGCAGACCUCUACGACAAAGGAAUCUACAACUUCCGUUAAAGGGAACAGCGUUUCUGCUUUUGAUAGAAGUGAUAAAGCCGAUGAGACCAGCGACCAAAAGAGUGAUUCAGCCCUGGAUUCAUCAGCUAAAGUGGAAUUGUCUGAAGUUGGAGGUGUUCCCGAGGAGAAAGGGACUGACGAUGUGAUUCCAUCGGGUAAAAGACAGCAAAGAGCUGAGAAACAACGAAAGGAGAAGCCGACGAAGCCGAUGGGACUGGGGGCCAAGAAAUUGGGGGCGAAAAAACUUGACGAAAGGCCUCGACCACCUCCUGAGGACAUUUUUACUCCGGAGGACAUACGAAGAAGAGCCAUCGAGGCUGGUAAAGAGCCACCGAUGAUCCAGGAGUGUUGGGAGGUCGAUGAUGACGAAGCGACGAAGAUACUUCAGAGCGAGAGCCAAGGAAUGAACACCUGGGUGAAGAAGGGAAAGGAUUCUCCUGACUUCCAUGACGUACCUGAGGAGCUGAAGUCCAAUAAGAGUUUUAAGGAGGUCUUUCAGGGUACUGUGGGGAGUGCGGGAGAUGGAUGGGAGAGCUUCGGGGAUGAGGAAGUGAAGAGGGUGGAGGAGAAAACUGAGGCCAAGGUGGUUCUCGAUAAAUUGGUGGACAAAGAGGAUGUUGGGGGAUGGGGUGGCUGGGGCAGCUGGGGAUCUUCCCUACUGAGCACCGCCAGUGCGGGGGUUUCCACGCUGACGAGCCAUGUCUCCCAGGGGUUGUCCAUGCUGGAGGAGAGCAUGGGGGUGCCUGAUCCGGAAGAACUUGUGGAGAGUACUCAGAUAGCAGAGGCAAAAGAGGAGAAUCCUUCAACGCCUGAAGAAAAUCAACCUCAAACAGGAUUCGGUCUGGGGAGUUGGAUGUCUGGAGUGUCCUCAAUGACGAAAUUAUUCGAGUCGACGGGAACAAAAGUAAUUACAGGCGGUCUCGGUACUCUAGAAACAAUCGGAAAAAAAACAAUGGAAGUUCUUCAAGAGGGUGAUCCGGGUCUAAAAAAGAAACGAGCCUUCUUCAAGAACGAAGUUGAGAAGCCAAUUCUCUCGCAAAUUCUUCGAGAAGCUAAAGAAAAGGCCGAAUCUGCUGAGCAUUCAGUUGAACACAGCCAAAUGACGAAGACAUUUGAAAUUCUGUUCGACGAUGCUCAGGGCCUCGUCCAUCUGGAGGCACUUGAAAUGCUGUCGAAGCAGAUACGCAUGAAGAUAGAACACAAAUUGGUUACUUUGGAUGCCGAUGAAAUGAUGUCUGUGCAGGAGACACUCGAGGAGGUGAAGGAACUCUGCGAUCUCGGGGAGGAGGACGAAGAUGAUAAGGAAGGGGACUCGGAGAAGACGAUCAAGUCGGCUUGCGCUGAUCUGGGUGUUAGCAUUCAUUAUGGAGAAUUAAAAGAGAUUUGGGAUGAAACUAAGAAAUAUUUAACUGAGGUAUCGACCCCAGGAUCAACCGUAACCGAAAAAGAAAUUUUCCAAAAUGCGAUAUCGACAUUGGCGAGACUUACAGCUUAUUCUGUCGAAAGGUUCCACAAAACGGCUGAACUUCUGUUGGUUAAAGAUCGCCGUAGUACAGUUAAUGAGGCAGAUGCACUUGUGCAGUUGACAAAAAUUUUAUCCGCCCAGAUCAGCACAGCAGCGAGUUUAUUUUCAAAGUGCCUCAACGAGAGGAAUAAAAAUGGGGAGGACAAGCCCAAGGAGUCUCACGAUAUCACUACGAUUUUCCUAGAGGCGACCAAUGCCAGUUCAUACAUCGAAGAUGCAUUCAGGCUAUUGAUUCCGAUCCUCCAAGUGGGUGCCCUCUAACCACCUCUCCCCCUUACUCCCCUUUUUCUAACCGAAUUUUCUACGAAAAGCUCCAAAAAAUGGUGUUUAAUAAACUUCAGUAUUCUAUCGACGAGAAUAAACGUCUUUGUUACAAA